GCGCGUUCGUGUGUGAGAGAGCGAGAGCGAGAGAGAGAGAGAGAAAGAGAAAGGGAGUCCAGUCGAUCCUUGUAUAUACAAUAACACGUACAUUCGGGCGUGAAACUCAUAAUUGAAUCUGACUCCGUCUGCAGUGCAACUGACUGUUAUUACUUUUCGGGAACUUUAUCACGACUCAACAAAAAUGCGAAAAUAGCAGACGACAAUUGGUAUAACGGUUUCCAGAUAUUGUAAAAAAUGGUGACCCAGGCGCAGACGUACGGUUAUGGUACCCUCGCCAAUUUGUUAUGUUGUCUCUGCUCCUUGGCGGGAGCUUUUAUAAUUCCUUUUGCCAAAAGACAUAAAACUGCCUACAAUGUCGUCCUGUCCGUCUUCAUGGGGCUAGCUGUUGGCGCCCUGGCCAGCGACGCCAUUCUUCAUCUAGUUCCCGAGGCUCUGGGUCUCCAUCACCAUGGUCCCUCUCCCACCUCCAAAACUAACGACACCCACACCAAGUCACAUGACUUCCAUCAUCACCGGAAACGAGACACGCAUGCGGGUGACAACCAUCACCAUGGUAACAAUGUCGACCAUGACCACCAUCACCAAGCAGACGCACAUCUAGACCGUGACCAUAAUGCUGUCCACAUAGAAGAGGAGCACCACGUGGAACCGUACCAGUGGUACUGCAUGGUUCUACUUUUGGGGGUGUAUAUAUUUUACCUCGUGGAGAUGGCAAUGGUCCUUGUUCAAAGGAAAGUAGAAGGAGAAAUGUCCCCUGUUAUUUUGACUGCUUUCAAUAACCAACCAGUGGAUGCAAUUCUCAAAGAAAAAGAGAGUGAAGAGCAAAGAAAUGCCAGAGGCAGGAAAAAAAUCUCGCCACUGGCAGUUAUGAUAGUUGUUGGAGAUGCCUUACACAACUUCACAGAUGGACUGGCCAUCGCAGCCUCGUUCUCUACAAGCCUCCUGGAAGGAAUCGCCAUAACUAUAGCGAUAUUUUGCCACGAACUUCCUCAGGAGUUAGGCGACUUUGCAAUUUUGAUCAACGAAGGACUGUCCUUCAAGAAAGCACUUAUCGCCAAUCUCUUCUCUUCUCUCACUGCUUUCGUGGGGUUUUUCAUCGGAGUUCCAAUUUCAUCGGAUAUAGCGGCUAGACCCUGGAUAUUUUCCAUCACCGCUGGAAUGUUUCUGUACAUUUCAUUAGUAGAUAUGCUUCCUUCGUUGAUUAAGAAUGGGUCCACCAAUACCAGAACAUUUAUUUACCACAACAUCGGCAUCCUGUUUGGCGCCCUUGUGAUUAUACUGCUGUCGAUAUUCGAAAGCAGGAUUGAAAUUCUUCACUGAAAAGGCUGAAUACACGUUUUCUAUGACUGUAUUUUUCUUCUGAUUUGAUAUUCUAAUUAUAUUUUUUGAAUAUUUUUCAUGUGAAAAAAAGAUACGUCGAAGGAUAUACAACUUACUGUACAGCGAGAAUUUUGGUUAUUGUACUUUUUUUUUCUUCUUUUUUUUUUUUUUUUUUUUUUUUUUUUUACAUUUUUUGCUUGUUUGAUAGCUGUUUUCAUAUUUUGCUUGACAUCAUUUCUCUCACAUGUAGUUUUUUAAGGAUUUGUAUAUUUAUUUUAACUUGAAAGAUUGAUGCAACAACAUGUACUAGAUAUGCUUUAUGAAAAGCUCUAGUUCUGUUGAAAAUCAAAACAUAAUUAUAUUAUGAUUAUGGUUAAGUAUAACGCUUUGUUAUAUAUUGAUUUAGAAUACGAGUUGCUGUUCAUUGCAUUUUUUGUGUAAACAAUUAUUUUUUUUUUUGUACAAACAUUACAAAUGAGAUAUGUUACAUUGUUUUCAACAUAUUGUUAUUGAAAUAAUGCAAAUAAAACUCUGAAAAC